AUGAAAGUGGGAGGUUGGGUUCGGAGUAUAGUCGACUUUUGUGCGGAUAAGAACGACUCUUCGCUUCUCUUUGUUUUUACACGAACCCCUCUCUCUCUCUCUCUCUCUCUCCUCUCCUCUGCUUUGCUCUUUCCUUUCUCUCACUUAAAAAAAGUUGCGAUUGAAGAGAAUCAACAGCAAGCUACUGUCAGAGAGAUCAAACCCACGAACUCAAGAAUCAUCAUGGGAGCUGAAGAAGAAAACAAUAAGACAUGGCCUCCAUGGCUAAAACCACUGCUUCGUGAGAAGUUCUUUGUACAAUGCAAACUACACGCAGACUCACACAAGAGUGAAUGUAACAUGUACUGUUUAGACUGUACCAAUGGUCCUCUCUGUUCUCUAUGUCUCUCUUCUCACAAGGACCAUCACGCCAUUCAGAUAAGGAGAUCAUCGUAUCACGAUGUGAUAAGAGUGUCGGAGAUUCAGAAGUUUCUGGACAUAACAGGAGUUCAAACAUAUGUGAUUAACAGUGCUAAGGUUGUGUUCUUGAACGAGAGACCUCAGCCUCGACCAGGCAAAGGUGUGAUCAAUACCUGCGAAGUCUGUUAUCGAAGUCUCGUUGAUUCCUUCAGAUUCUGCUCUCUUGGUUGCAAGAUCUCUGGAAUAUCAAAGAGGAAAAGAAAGGAUUGGUCGAACAACCUUUCGGACUCUGAUGAUUCGUAUAGCACUACGAGUAUCGGGAGGCUCAAGAAGAAUGACGACAUUAUGAAUAAUAGUUUCACGCCAUCAACACCGCCUUUAUCAGCCGUGAGUCGCAGAAUCGCAAAACGAAGGAAGGGAAUCCCGCACCGUGCUCCUUUCGGAGGACUAAUCAUAGAAUACUAAGAAGGGAAUUGGUAAUGUAUCUUAUGCUAAUAACAAAUCACUAGUAGUAGUUCCGUGUAAAUGUAUGUAUAUAUAUAUGUCUAUAAUGGUAUAAAGCAAUGUAAGGGAAAAAAAGCUUAACAUAAUAUAGUGUUGUGUAGAUAUGAUGGGUAAAAAAAGUGGGGAAUAUAAUAGAAUGGAAGCAUAAAUAGAAUACUUGUGCAUGUAUAUUUUGGGCUCAAAGGGUAUAAGAUAUGUAAAUGUAGAAUAGUGUUGUUGAAAAGACAAUAGUAAUAAGUAUAUGUGAUGCAAUGCAAAUGUGAAUGGAAUAAAGGGCAUUUCAUUUCGAUGUACUA